UUUGCGUACGUUUCAAUCCGAUGGAACGUAACGUGAAUUCAGUUUUCAAGCAGCUCAGCACACGAUUUCCGCUGACACUUCCUCGCGCGUGUUCAAAGCGUGCAUUCCUCGGCGAUUUUGCUUUCUCGUAUUCUUUUCCCUUCUAUCGCGCUACAGUGCUUGGUAAUAAUAAUUUGUUCGAUGAUAUAGAUUAAAGAAUUUUUUUUUUUUAAAUCGAGAACUUUGGAAGAGAUUCCUAAAAGUUUCUCUUUUUAUGUACAACAUACAGUGACCUGUGUCGAAACUGUGAAAGAUUAGCGUUCCCGAUAACUCGUAAAAUUGAAGAAAAUUAAAUAUUUAUAAUAUAUAAUAUCUUGUCGAUGGACUGAAUUGUAAUUUAUCUAAAGGCUAAGAAUAAUUCGAGUGCAAUCAUUUGGAAUUUAGUAAAUUGUUUUUGGGAACGAUACACGUAUAAAACUGGAAGUGCGAUCUACACUCGGGGAAACAUGUCACAAGUGUUGCAGUCGCAGUUGGAAGACUAUCUGCCUUACCUGGGUGGUGCAGCGGGAGUCCUCGUGGUCACCGGCAUUGCAGCUUACCUUGCGUCGAGACCGAAACCGGAAAAACCGCUGUGGCCGCUCGAUGCUCAGUCCGUGUUACUUUCGGGCACCGACCUAAUCAGAGUGUCGAGGUUUUAUAAGGACAGCAAGGAGGGAAAGUUCGUAAGCUACAUUCACGAGGACACGAGAACCCUCUAUGACGGUUUCCGCAAAGGCGCCAAAGAGUCCAACAAUGGCCCUUGUCUCGGUUGGCGCGACGGACCCACCAAACCGUACCAAUGGCUCCAUUACAACGAGACCCUGCUCAGAGCGAAGAAUUUCGGGUCCGGGUUGGUCUCGCUGGGUCUGCAACCGGGAUCCCACACGUUGAUAGGUCUCUACAGCCAGAACUGUCCGGAGUGGAUCCUCACGGAGCAGGCGUGCUACACGUACUCCCUCGUCGUCGUGCCCCUCUACGACACCCUGGGCCCCGAUGCCUGCGCCUUCAUCAUCAACCAGGCUGAGAUCAACCUGGUGGUCUGCGAGAACGACAAGAAGUGCAAUUUGCUACUCGACAAGGCACCGAGAUGCCUGAGGAAGCUGGUGGUGAUAAAGGAAACGCGACCAGCGACCAUCCAGAGGGCGAAGAACCGAGGCGUCGAGGUGGUGAGGUUCGAGGACGUCGAGCGUCUCGGCGCGCAAAAGAACCACCCCGAGGUGCCGCCGAACGUGACCGACCUCUGCACGAUAUGCUACACUUCCGGUACCACCGGGAACCCGAAGGGCGUAAUGCUGACCCACCAGAACGUGAUGGCGGGCGUCUGCGCGGUUCUGUUGCAGCUGGGCGAGCACAAGCCCUCGUACAAGGACACGAUGAUCAGCUUCUUGCCUCUGGCACACAUGUUGGAACGGUGCUGCGAGAACGGCAUGUACAUGGUGGGCGGGUCCGUGGGCUUUUACAGCGGUGACAUCAAAACGUUGCCCGAGGAUAUGAAAGCCUUGAGGCCUACCGUCAUGCCAGCGGUACCGAGGCUCUUGAAUCGAAUGUACGACAAGGUCCAAUCCGAACUGCAGAGCUCGUGCCUGAAGAAGCUGGUGUUCAGCAUGGGGAUGCGUGCGAAAGAGGCGGAGAUCAAGAAGGGUAUCCUCAGGAAUAACAGCGUGUGGGACAAGCUGGCCUUCGGGAAGAUCAAGGAGGCGACUGGCGGGAGGCUGAGACUGAUGGUCGUAGGAUCUGCGCCUCUCGCGGGGAACGUCCUCACCUUCGCCAGGUGUGCCCUUGGAUGCCUGAUCGUCGAAGGGUACGGGCAAACAGAGUGCUGCGCACCGGUCACUCUCACGAUUCAGGGUGAUCAUGUACCGGAACACGUGGGACCACCUGUCGCUUGCUGCUGCAUUAAAUUAGUAGACGUCCCGGAAAUGGAAUACUACGCCAAGAAGAGCAAAGGUGAAGUGUGCGUAAAAGGUACUAACGUGUUCGUGGGAUAUUUUAAGGAUCCUGAAAAAACUGCUCAAGUUAUCGAUGAAUUUGGGUGGCACCAUACAGGGGACAUCGGCAUGUGGUUGCCUAACGGAACGCUCAAAAUAAUCGAUCGAAAGAAACACAUCUUCAAAUUGUCGCAAGGCGAAUACAUAGUUCCAGAGAAGAUCGAAAAUAUUUAUUUACGCAGUCAAUAUGUACAUCAAGUAUUUGUCCAUGGAGAGUCCCUAAAGUCUUGCGUCGUAGGAAUAGUAAUACCAGACGUGGAUGUUGUGAAAUGUUGGGCGGUGGAGAAUGGUAUACCAGGUACACUAAGCGUGUUAUGCAACAAUCCGCAAGUUAAACAGUUGAUCCUGGAUGAUAUGCUCGCAUGGGGAAAAGAAGCUGGUCUCAAAUCCUUUGAACAGGUCAAAGAUAUUUAUUUACACCCGGAUCCGUUCUCUGUACAAAAUGGCCUCCUCACGCCAACAUUGAAAACGAAACGGCCGCAGUUGAAAGAGUACUUCAAACCACAGAUCGAAGAUCUUUACCGACAUUUGGACUGACCAGACUGAACAUUCACUUCGAAUUGUUUUCAUUAGCAUUGGGAGCAGCAAAGACAAGAAGGACCGAAAAUGCCUUUGUGUUGCAUUCACAGAAAUCACUUCCGUCAUCGAAUAUAUUCGUUAUUCCGCGAUACUUUAUUAUAUCAUUUUCACAGUUACAUAGCGACGCAAAAACGAAAAGCACCGUUUAGGCUAUUAAGGUAAUUGACAAUAUUAUAAGUAAUAAAAAUGAGUUAUUAUUAGGCGCGUCUGAUUUUCUCUUGACUAUGAUAAUCCUUCGAUACUCUUUGCGUGUAAUUACAGUCUUCUCCGUCCCCAAAUCCUUAUAUUUUGAUACGGAUUACUACCUAACUAUAAAUGCAUAGUUUUAUUAAUAACAAUAAUUAGUCGGAUAACCGUACAUACGUAUUAUCAAAUGCGAUCGAACACGUGCGGGAGAUGCAAAACAAUAAAUUGCGUAAUGAACAACUCGUAGCGAAGUUGAUUAGAAAUAUCGUUAAACUUUUUAAUAGAUGCUUGUUAGCAGCGUUUGCUGAUAUAAUAGAACAGAUCAAAUUUUUUUUUUUUAUUACUAAUAACACAUUAUAUUUUCGUCUGUUCGACGACCGAUAUAUGAAAUUUAAGCAUUUCUUAAUGCGUCAUACGAUAUCGGUAGAAAUUUAAUAUGAAACAGAGUAUAUAAAAAUUAGAAGUAUAGACUGUUUAAAUUAUAGUAAUAUACAAUGAUCCAAACAAGUAAAAAGAACAAUAAAAGGAUAUGUUACGACA